AUGGAUUCCAAUACUUGCCCGAUUUGUCAAUAUGAAAUUGAAUACUACUCUGUUGGCGCGUGCAACCAUCCUAUAUGCCUUCGUUGUGCCGUAAAAUUACGUAGAUUUGGUAGUUCAGACGGCACAAUAGGAUGUUGUCCAACUUGCAGAGCCAAAAACGCUUCCAAUCGAGUUUCAAAGUCGCCAAAAAAUUGGGAUGACUUUGAUCCAACUAGUCUUAUUAAAGAACCUACGCUUAAUCUUGACUUUGAAGAUGAAUCUAUUGAUGAGGCUUUUAGGAAAUUGAUGGCAUGUGUUUGUCCAGUUUGCUCCGAAACGAAAAUUUCCAUGGGAGCUCUUAAUUCUCACACCUCUCAAGAGCACAAUAUUUUUUAUUGCGAUCUUUGCAUUCGUCAUGCUCACAUACUUCCCUGUGAAUUUAAGCCCAUGACAGCAGAUGAGCUUGCAGCUCAUAAAAAAUGGGAUGCUACCUCCCGACGUGGUCACCCUGUGUGCAAAUUCUGUCAGCAGACUUUCUACGAAUUUGAAAAUCUAAUCACGCAUAUUCGUGAAAAGCACUUUCUUUGCGAUAUCUGUUACUCAAGUCGAGUUUUUGAGGUGUUUCAGCGACAGAACGAACUCUUCCAACAUUACAAAUCAGCUCAUUUUGUAUGUCUGGAGUGUGAACAGAAUGGAACUAUGUCUUGUUUCCCAACGGAGGAGCGACUUGCUGCCCACAGGUCGUUCAAUCAUUUGAAUGAAGCUCGAAAUGAUCCGAGUUUGUGGCAACCAGUUCAAAUUCGUUAUUCAACUCAAGGUCUUAUUAGCCAAUACACUCGUUCCGGGGGCAGACGUAACCAGCAUCAACAAAAUGAAUUAAUUGAUGGUGAUUUUAUCUCAUUCCUAAUGUAUUGUCUCUGCCUUCAUUGUGCUGCCGUCUUUCUGUAUUUUACUAACAUAGAAGUCCCUGAAGUCUACUACCCCGCAGCUCCACGUGGUCCAAAUCCCGAGGAAUGGACGGGGGCAGACUUUCCUUCCCUCACAGGUGACACAACGUCUACCGGCUUCACUGGAACUACAAAUACUCAGACUACAUCCACAGCUAACGACGCUCAGCAGGCGCGCUCAGGUGGUACUGCUUCGCGAACUGUUCUUUCGCACGCCGCAGUUGUAAGGGGCGUUGGUGGAGGAGCUUUUCAGUCGGAUAAUUACGAUGAAUUUCCAUCGCUGCCUACAUCCGCUCCUAGUUCGUCCAGUAAUACCAAAGCUCAAGGUCCUGCAAAGCCAACGUGGGUAGGGUCUUCGAAGAAGCCUGCAACUGGAGCCUCGUCUAGCAAUGCGUCCCGACGAAACUUCCCCCAAGAAGUGCCAACUGCCUCUGACUUCCCAUCCCUUUCAACCAACAUUUCCGCUAAACCGAAUGCUUCCUCGAAAUGGGGUGUGUCUGCUCCAAAGGCGUCUUCUUCCUCAACAGCUCCUAAGCCGAUAGUACAACGCAAACCAACCGCUGCUGAUUUUCCUGCUCUUGUAUCCACGUCCAACUCCUCAAUUCUUCAGGAACCUCGGUUGGAGCCUUUCGUUCCACUCGCUCAACAUCCUUCUUCCUCGAAGGCGAAGGGAGGAAAGAAGGACAAGCUGAGACCUACUGAUUAUUCUCCCGCUCCGGAUUUGCAGCAUUUCUCGUCGGCGCUGGCUAAAGCUAAAAAGUCCUCGUGGUGGGACGCUGCUGAUAAUGAUGGUGCUGUCUCGCAUCUUUUGAACAAUGAUGAUGCCAGAAGUUUAUCCCAGUCCUUAAAUCGCAUUCAGAUGGUUGAUCACUUGGAAAGUAGCAAUGGUGAUACUGCGACAAAAUCGGUCUCCAAACCUCGUCCUGCAAAUUUUUCAGCCGAUGAUUUUCCCACUCUAGCUGGAGACUCAAAGAAGGCAGGAAAUAAUAGCAAAAAGGCGAAUAAUGACAAGCAACUUUCCUCUGGCAGUGUUAAAAAUGGUAAUAAAAAAACGUCGACGAAGACAAACGCCAAGAAGCAAAGUGCUGCUUCUGAAGGGAACUCGAAAUCUAAGUCGUCUAAACAGGAGAUUCAGACUGGGAAUGAAAGCUCAGAGAAAAAGAUGACAAAUUUCCCCGAUUUGGAGGACACAGAGACACACCUAUUCAAAUCGAAUAUCUAUACACCACCUUCUGACUUUGAGGAGAAAAAUAUGGCCGUAAUCAAAAAUGUGAAGGAAAUCCUUGGCGGUCAAGGCCACUCGAAAAACGCCUUUACUCGGUGUAUUCAACUUUGUGGCUUAUAUUCCGAAGGCUCUCUUUCCGCCCAAGCAUACAUUCAGGGAUUAAGUGGUGUUAUCUCUUCAUCGGAUCCUGAUGAAUCUGAAUGGUUCAGUCGCAUGAUUGCUCUUCUGCCUAACGUUGGUCUCCAACGAGCCCUACUUCGUGUCUUAAAGGGAGAAGCUGCUCCUAAAAUACCUUUUGCCAAUACUCCUGCUCGUUGCCGCGGCAACUCACCUCCUAUUUGGGCUAAAAAUGUCACCUCUCGCCUACAAAUUUGCUCUAAAUGCGAUCAGGUAUGGAAAAAUUCUUUCAAUUGUGCUUCAAUUUAUUCCUUUAGAUUUGCAUAA